GUGCUGCCGUGCUAACGAAAUCUUUCGACACCCUCCUUGAGAAGAUGUGGCCUUGAUCCUCCGUAUCAAUCUUAAGAUCUUCGCCAUGGGUCAGCAACAACCCGUACCAACGCCGGCCACUCAAUCCACACAAUACUCCUCACUUUCCUUCACACAGGGCUUUCUUGUCGGCCAGCUGUCCAUUGCCCUCCUCAUAUUCUUCUUCAUAAAGUUCUUCAUAUUCGGCGAACCUCCCUCAGCCGAUGAUCGCGCCUUGCACCUCUCUUCCCUCCGCCGCGCACGAACGCUUGCCCAUCAACGAUCUCUUCACCUCCGCUCAAACUCGACGAGCAAUCCUCUGAGACCCAAACCCUCCAUCAAUAUCAUCCGCGCAGCAGAACAUGCUCGAGGGGGUCCCAGCAUCGGUCAGAUUCUUGCGAAGACGUACUACAACAUCAAAGGCCAUCAACCUGAAAGCUUGGAUUGGUUCAAUGUGUUGAUUGCGCAGACCAUCGCGCAAUUGCGGGAGGAUGCAAGACAGGACGAUGCGAUACUCACAUCGCUUACAGAAGUUCUGAAUUCCGGAUCUAAACCUGACUGGAUUGGGGAAAUUCGGGUUACGGAGAUUGCACUUGGAGAUGAGUUCCCCAUCUUCAGUAAUUGUCGAGUCCUCCCUGCAGACGAUGGAUUUGGCAUGACAGAUGGUAGCGACGAGGCGAGGCUCCAGGCAAGGAUGGACGUGGAUUUGAGCGAUGUCAUUACUCUAGGCAUCGAGACGACACUGGUGCUCAACUAUCCUAAGCCAUUGGUCGCUGUACUGCCAGUCGCCCUCGCCGUGAGCGUGGUACGCUUCUCGGGAACACUAGCCUUAUCAUUCACUCCCUCCUCCACUCCUCCAUCAACAUCAGCGAAUACGCCUAGUCCGCAACCUACACCCCACCUCCACCCACAAGACCUACCAACAAUUCGACCUCCAUUUUCGCGGACGCAGAGCUCCCUUCAUUCGCAAGAGCCCGAACCCGAGCGCCCCUCGACAUCAUCUGGGCUUCCGCCAGCCCGCCCCACCACCCUAGCUUUCACCUUCCUAGACGACUACCGUCUAGAUCUCUCCGUGCGGUCGCUGGUCGGCUCGCGAUCCCGCUUGCAGGACGUCCCCAAGAUCGCCCAGAUCAUUGAAUCGCGCGUCCACGCCUGGUUCGACGAGCGAGUCGUCGAGCCCCGCUUCCAACAAAUCGUCCUCCCGUCCCUGUGGCCAAGGAAACGCAAUACAAGAGGCGGCGCGGACGAGAAUGCAACAGAAGAGGAAAAAGAUGAGGGGAUCGAUGUGAGCCUUCCCGAAGAGGCUGUGCUUCUCGACGACCAAGACGAUCUCGGAUCGAGGCGCCGACCGCCAUCGUUCAACCCGCCUAGAGUGUCGUUAGAAGAGCGGAUGGAGGCUGAGGGUGCGCGGCUGAGGGAGGCAGAGAGGAGGGCUGGCGAUAGAAGUAGAGACAGAUCGUCAGACGGUGUGAGAUGGAGAGGGAACGAACAACAGCGGCGGCAGCAUCUGAGGGAACAGAGCGGUAUAUCCAAUUCUUUCAAUGGGUCCUGGAGUGGUCAACGAGGCAUGCCUGGUGCUAUGCCGGGGGGAUAACGGAAUUAGAUGUAAUUGUACUGAAGUGUUGUAAGAACAUAAUGUAAUUGAUAGCCACCUGCAUGAUAAUACGUUUCUCCUUUCUAGCCUGAGGUACGUCGCUUGACUAUUGUACAGCAAUGCCCAACGUCAUUAGGAAAUCCAAUCAUCG